UCACCCUCUUUGCCAACUUCCGAUACAAACCCCGCCUACUCUCUGGUAAUCCUGAGGCGACUUCCGGUCGUGUUUCCCGCCAUUGCCGCUAUGUUCCUGCAGUGCUACGAGAACGAGCGCGGGGAACGCGUUUACACCCUGAAGAAGGUGUCCCCGGGCGGGAUCCCCACACGCUCGGCUCACCCCGCCCGCUUCUCCCCCGAUGACAAAUUCUCCCGGCACCGCCUGGCCCUGAAACGGCGCUUCGGGGUCCUGCCCACCCAGCGGGGCCGGCCCCUGCUCUGAGCGACCCCAAAAACCCCGAGAGGAGCAGCGGGAAGAGGGAGAUGAACUCAAAUAAAAUCCACUCGAGGUGGAACUGAACUGCAGUGGGAUGGAAGGAAGGGGUGAAAGAGGAGGAAGAUGUAAAUAUUAAAGGAUUUGGUGGCCGAG